AUGGCUGCGCACGUAAGGCUGCUCGCUCGCGUGCCGACUACAUUGUCAAAAGACAUCGGUAUAGUUGCCCGACUUUCUCAACUUCACCUCACACAUAGAUAUGUAUCUGAGCCAAGCAGUACAGUAUAUGGUGUGGUUACACCAAUGUUUGUACAAUGUAGACAUUCAAGUUUUUUUAAUACAUUGACAGGUGACCAACUUUGGAAAAGUGUGAUGGCGGACUCGGGUAAAGCUAGUAAAAAAGGCAGAGGUAAAAGAGGAAAGAAAGGAGCUAGAAAAAAUUUGAACCGAGGACAAUAUCUCGGUGAUGGUAAGAUAAGCAUGGAAUGGCCCGGACUAAACGCCCCCGUGGUGAAGGAUAAUGCCCCAGCAACUAUACGACGCAAAGCUGCAGACCCAAACAAAGAAGCUGAACUUCUUAGGCUUCGAGAAAGUUGGGACAAAAAGAAGAAACGUUCCAGUGGACUGCAUGAACGUGGUUGGACAUCUGUUAGUUGGGGAGGACGUUCUGUUGGACCACCUGACCCAGUACCAGGAUGUGAUUUUGAAGAUUUUGAUUCCCGCGUGAUACAAGUCAAGCGUGUCUUUAAUAUGACUGCUACUGUGGGACGAAAACGAAGUACAUUCGCUGUCGCAGUUGUAGGAAAUGCAAACGGUGCUUUCGGGUAUGCAGUUGGAAAGUCUGAAGAUAUUAUGUCAGCUCUGAGGAAAGCAAAGAAUAGCGCUGCCCAUUGUUUGUAUUACUGUGAAAGAUAUGAAAACCAUACACUGUACCAUGAUGUAGAAACAAGAUUCAAAGCUACAAGAAUAAGAAUGAAGAAACAAAACAAAGGGUAUGGUUUACGCUGCCAUCGAAUCAUCAAGGAAAUCUGUAAACUGGCCGGUAUCACUGAUUUAUAUGCUAGAGUGUACGGUUCAAAAAACCCCCUCAACAUCUGUCAUGCUGUCUUUCAAGGGUUAGCAAGUCAGGAAACACAUCAACAAAUUGCCGACAGACAUAGACUUCAUCUUGUGGAAUUCCGUGAGGAAUGCGAUAACUUUCCGUGUGUUGUGGCAUCACCGCAGGGAGGCGAUGUUCGUGAUGACAUUGAAAUUAGGGACUGGGACAAAGAAAUGCCUUUGGAAUGGAAGGAGAUAAAACCAAAAAGCAAAAGAUCAGCAGGAUUUGAAAGAGAUGGAACUAUGAUUAUAUAGACAGAUGUUGUGUUGAGUCAAACGAGUGCAGAACCGCAUACAUGUAAACAGUUGAUUUUACAUCGCAGUCUUGAAUUAUUUUAUGUUAAAGAUACAACAAACACAUAAAAUGAAUUCCUAUGAUCAAUAACAGUACCAUGGUCCAAUUAUAUAUUCAAUGCAUUAAAUAUUCCCCAGUUCAUU